AUGGAAGCACAGAAUAUCACAAGGGUGUCAGAGUUUAUCCUCUUAGGAUUCUCACAGACCCGGGACCUUGAGAAAUUCCUGUUCCUGGUGUUCCUAUUUGUCUAUGUCACCACCGUUGUGGGAAACCUCCUUAUCAUGGUCACAGUGACUUUUGACUGCCGGCUCCACAUGCCCAUGUAUUUUCUGCUCCGAAACCUGGCUGUCAUAGACCUCUGUUAUUCCACUGUCACUUCUCCAAAGAUGCUGGUGGACUUCCUUCAUGAGGUCAAGACCAUCUCCUACCAGGGCUGCAUGACUCAGAUCUUCUUCUUUCACCUCUUGGGAGGUGGGACUGUCUUCUUUCUCUCAGUGAUGGCUUAUGACCGCUACAUAGCCAUCUCCCGGCCCCUCCACUAUGUCACCAUCAUGAACACUCAGCUCUGUGUGGGGCUAGUGGUGGCUGCUUGGUUAGGGGGAUUUGUUCACUCCAUUGUCCAGCUGGCUUUGAUGCUCCCCUUGCCUUUUUGUGGUCCCAAUGUUCUGGAUAACUUCUACUGUGACAUCCCACAAGUGCUGAGACUUGCCUGCACUGACACCUCCCUCCUGGAGUUCCUCAUGAUCUCCAACAGUGGAAUGCUCGUUCUCAUCUGGUUCCUUCUCCUUCUGAUUUCUUACACAGUCAUCCUGGUGAUGUUGAGGUCCCAUUCAGAGCAGGCGAGGAAGAAGGCAGCUUCUACCUGCACCACCCACAUCAUUGUGGUGUCUAUGAUCUUCAUUCCCUGUAUCUAUAUCUAUGCCCGGCCCUUCACCCCCUUCCCCAUGGACAAGGCUGUGUCCAUCAGCUACACGGUCAUGACCCCCAUGCUCAAUCCCAUGAUCUAUACUCUGAGGAACCAGGAGAUGCAGGGAGCCAUGAAGAGAUUAGGCAAGCGUCUAGUGAUAUGUAACAGGGAGUGA